UCUAAACUGGUCGUACAAAUUUGCUUUAAAGUAUCUAACCUCCUACAAUUACAAGCUUGAAAAGAUUUGCAUGCACCCCCCCCCCCCCAAAAAAAAAACAGCGAUAAGAUUAUUAGUAUAUAUAAAUAGGAAAUCUGCUGUAGGCCUCUACAAAUACUCCUGCGCGCGAGGGAAAUUUCAAAACUGACGUAAUGUAUAUAUAUAGCCAAUAUAUAUAUAUAUAUAUAUAUAUAUAUUUUAAAGUCACGUUUUAAAGAGCGUAAAACAACGAAAUACUCAGAGGAAUUUGAUAGUCUCGUAUUUCUUUUAAACUUCUAGCAAGGGAAUGUGAUAAUAAAAUGCAGAAAUUUACAGAAGAUCACCGAUGAUCUUAAUUCUGAAAGUCUGAUCGGGACACGUGAACAACUAUCAUUUGAAUUCGUGCAGUGAACAACAUCGAUUAAAAAAGACAAAUGAAAUAUGUUGUACAGCCUCAUGAAUACGUACUUGCUAUGAUUUAACACUGUUAUUUACGAUGUGGAAAAAAAUUGCCGAAACUCGGACCAUACAACUUCGGAAAUUUGUACGACAUUUAUCAUAGAGUUAAUAAGAAAACGUUUCUUUUAUUCAAUAUUUGGCCAUAUAUAUAAUAUUUUUGUUAGGUUACUAUUGUUCAACAUGUAAUUUUAGAGAAUUACGUUGUGUAUAUAUACAUGGUGACAAUAUUAUGAUUUGGAAAAUUACUAGUGAAUCGGGAGGGGGGGGGUGGCGAAAUGUAUAUACAUGUAAUUGGUAUAAAAAUAUACAACUCAGGGACGGACCCAGGGAUUUUUUAAAGGGGGGUCCACUACUAAUUUUGGUUUUGAAAGGGGGGUGUUCCACCUUUAAAUGCCACUUUAACCUUAUUUUAACUAAGUUUUCUGACAAGGGGGGGGGGGUGUCCGAUCCCCAGGAAAUACCCUCUCUGGAUCCGCCACUGUAGUGUCUUUAUUUCAAUGUUUUGAUUUUUCAGGUGAUAACAGCCACACCUUUGCAGCGACAGUAAGCAAACAGACAAGGGAUAUGGACAAGGCAAAGGUUGCAGCAUUGUCCAAGAGCAAGAAUGCCAUCGUAUCUGCCAUGACCAAUGUAAUGUUUGCAGCACAACAUGACAUUGCUAACACUAUUGUGCCUGAACUCCACCAACUUUGUAUCACACAGGGUGCAACUCAACUGAAAGACCUCAAAGUGGACAACCACACAUCAUACUCGCACCACAAAGGAAUUUCAGCAGUCUAUGGCAGAGGUAGUGGUAGAUCAGUUGUUAGGUCAGGUUCAGAACUCUGGAGUGUUCAGCAUUAUGCUAGAUGAGAGUACAGAUGUCUCUGUUCAUCAGAAUCUAAUGGUUUAUAUUAGGUACUUGGCUAGUGUAGGUGGUAGGGUUCAGCCUAUUACUCGGUUUCUUGGUAUUAGACAGUUGUCAACUGCAAAUGCAGAAUCCAUUUUCACUGUACUUGUAAGUAUGCUCGAGUCUUAUGGUUUGCCUCUUGACAAGUUGGUUGGUGUUUCAACAGAUGGUGCUUCAGUUAUGGUAGGUUGUAAGAGUGGUGUUGUGACUAGGCUUAGGGAGGUGACUAGUGGUUUGUUGGCUACUCACUGUAUUGCCCACAGGUUAGCUCUUGGUACAGGAAAUGCUGCAGACAAGGUGAGGUAUUUGGUAAAAUUUCAGGAUGUCAUUAACAGUAUGUAUAAGUACUUUGCCUAUUCUCCCAAGAACAUGUCCAGGCUUGAGGGUAUCCAAGCAGUCCUUAAGGAUUCUAAAACCCGUCUGCAGCAGGUCUUUCAUACUAGGUGGCUAACUUUUGAAGGUAGUGUGCAGGCAGUUGUUGACAAUUACUCUUCCCUAGUCAGUGUAUUUCUUGAGGAAAACUCUGCUAAGGCUCUUGCUAUGCAUAAACCUAUCACCACUUAUAAGUUCUUGUACACGGCACACUACCUGGCUGAUGUUCUUAGGCAUUUGGCGAUUCUGUGCAAGUCCUAUCAGAGGUCUGAUAUUGACUUCACAGAGGUGAACCCCCUCCUUCUGUCUACUGUUGAGGUUUUGGAAGGUCUCAGAUCUGGAUCAGGUGGCAAUCUUUCUCAGUUUCUUAACCAAGUCCCUGAAACCCCAGAAGUUGAUUCAGUUGGUUUGUGCACUUUUGAGUUUAAGGAUCACAAUAUCAGGGACAGUGCCCAGCAGAGGUCAGAGGCUUCUUCAGCCUGUUCCCAGUUUGUAGGUUUAGUGAUUGACAACCUUAGGUCUAGGUUUACAGAGGAGGGAGAUGCUACAGUGUUAAGGGCUCUAACUCAGUUGUUUGACCCAUCGUUUUACUCACAGUCUGAUAGUUCUGUUCUUUCUGAGGCUUCUUCUGUAGUGUCCGACUAUCUAUCUUCUUGUGGUGUAGGUUCAAAGUCUGACGUGGAAGCUGAACUAGUUAAUUUUCAGGGUUAUGCUAAGAUCCAAGUUGCCAAGAACCCCCAUGUUUACUUAGGUGUUAGGGACUUGCUUCAGCUUAGCAUAAGGUCCAAGUCUACCUACCCUGCCCUUGCUGUAGCUGCUGAGAGACUUCUUGUUGCACCUGUCAGCACCGUUGAUUGCGAAAGAGGUUUCUCAAAAAUGAACAUUAUAAAAACCGACCUGAGAAACAAGCUGUGCAUUAAAACACUGGAAAACCUUAUGCGUUUGAGCCUCUUUACUGAGCCUUUGGACUAUGGAACUGCAUUUGACAAGUGGGCAUCUACCAAGGCUCGGAGGAUCUUGAUGUAACACUCAGUGAUAGACUCUGCCUUAGUUAAUACAAACAGUGCGUGAUGAUAUUCUAGUGCUUGAUAUUAUAAACGUUUAUGAUAUUUAUUAUAAUAAAUUAUGAAAAUUGUU